UUGGGGAUCUGCAAGUACACUGACGUGAACACGGUUUUCCACCCAAAUCUCCACCACAGAUUUAUUCAUCAUAACUGGUUCAAUGCAGAGAAAGUUCUCAGGGAGUUGAGACACUCGAUUGUUUUUACGUUUUGCAAAAGUUUCUUUGAGCCUGAUGCUGAUGCGGGAAAAGAAGAGCUGUGUGGCUUUUCUUGUUCUGUCGGGGUGUAGAAGAGUACAAACACACUCUGGAAAGAUCAGAAGCUUCACGUUGUUGGGAAAAAUCUGUGUCAUCUUUAGUUAUUUGUUUUUCAUUAGUCUCUACCUACAACUGUGUGCAGCUCCGUGUGUAGAAAGUGAAGAUGAAUGUCGCUCCAGGAGAAACAAUGAAUGCACAAAAUUAAAGAUAAAAAGCAGCUUAUGAUUUCACCUGUCCGCUCUAAUGACCUUAAAGGACGAUUGUCAUCCCACUGUCCCUAAAGGUGAUGAUGAGGAUGUGAGGGGGAGGAGGAGGAAGAGGAGGAGGAGGGAUAUCACCAGUUAAUAACCUCAGCCUCCUCUGCCCGUCAGCAUCAUGAUCGCAGAAUGCACCGGGACCCUUCAGCAGCGGAGCCGCGUCGUGAUGACUGUCCGCGGGCACAGCUGCAGCCCGGUGACGCCUGACUUCUCCUGCGUCCAGUAGCUGCUCGGUGGGAGCAGCGCGGUGUGGAAGCCGGAGCUUUGGCACCGAGGCUGUCAGCGGGCUGCCUCUCCGGGCGUACUUCGCUCCGACACAUUCCUCCGAGGCUUCUUCUCCCGGCUGGGAAGUGGAAACUUGAGGGACUUUACCGUCGCAGGCGGAGAACAAAAGGCGGACGCACGGAUCGGGUCUGCGCGGCGAGCUGGGUGUCUUUCUGCGGGGCGCACAGCGGUGCUGCUGGACCGGCCGAGGACGCACCGAGUCCCGUCCCACAUCCCCCACCGGGUGUCCCGAACGCGGCAAACAUGAUCCUCCCCGGGAUUGUCCUCGUUCUGUUCUGCUCAGGUGUGUUGCCAUCUUCAGCGCCCGUCUUCCCCUUCUCUCCCCCCCACACUGACUGUGUCGAGGCCCACCGUGUGUGCUCCGCCGACCCGCCCUGCAAGGCGCUGUACCGCGGCCUGGAGCUGUGCGCGGCCGACGCGGCGGUGUCUCCGCUCGGGGAGCAGGCGGCGUCCGAGUGCCUGGAGAGACGGGACGCUCUGCUGGCCAAACACCCGUCUCUGUGGGCCUGCAAGUGCCAGCGGGGCUUCCGCAAAGAGGAGCAGUGCCUGCGCAUUUACUGGGGGGUCCGCCUGCUGCCAGGGGACGAUGAGCUGGAAACGUCUCCCUAUGAUGACACACUAGUGGAUACUCGCAUGGCUUCCUUAGUGUCAGUUUCCUCUUUCAUGCAGCUGGAUGGUGAGAACCAAUGCCUGAAGGCGGCACAGGACUGUGGCCUCUAUGAGAAGUGUGGGUCGCUGCGGUCAGAGUACGUCCUGGCCUGCACCAAGCGGGUUCCCGGGACCAACCGAUGCAACCAGCACAAGUGCCACCGAGCCCUGCGGCGCUUCCUGGAGCGGGUGCCUGAGGAGUACAGCUUGGGCGUCUUGUUCUGCCCCUGCACCAACACCCUGUGUGGAGAGAGGAGGAGGAAAACCAUUGUGCCCUCCUGCUCCUACCAGGACAUGGAGGGUCUGCAACAUAACUGCCUCCAUCAGCAGAGCUUCUGCCGUCGAGAAGACAUCUGCAGGUCCAGACUGGCUGAUUUCCUUAAUAACUGCCAGCCAUCUCAUCUGACGGCCAGCGGCUGUCUGAAAGACUCACCAGGCCUCUGCCUCCGAGCCUACGCUGGACUCAUAGGUACUAUCAUGACGCCCAACUACAUCAGCAACAGCUCUGCGGACGUGUCGCUGUGGUGCAACUGUGAAGGCAGCGGAAACCAGUGGCAGGACUGUCAGCGGCUGCAGCGCCUCUUCACUCACAACGCCUGCCUGCGUAACUCCAUUAGCUGGAUGGGGAACCCCGGCUCCCUGCCUGCAGACAUCACCCAGCCUCCAGCUCCCAGACCCCCGCUGGUCCAGGAGGACGAGCUGCUGAGCAACAACCACCUGCCUGAACACAACAUCAUCGUGAUGGAGAGCGAGGAAGAGGAGGUGCUGACGCAGACGGAGGAGGAGGAGGAGGAGGAGGAGGGAAACGAAGGCGGCCAGUUCGACGUCAUCCCGCUCUACUCUGAGAGGGCCACCGUCUCCAACCUGGGCUCCUCCGGCACCGGCGGGGCCCCUGCCGUCACCUCGGGCCCCGCCAAGCCCUUACUACUGCUGCUCCUGCUGCUAUCCGCCUCCCUCAGCUGGGGCUAGAACAGAGGACACAGAGAAGACACACACACACACACAUGCACACUCACAUGCACACACUCGCACAUCAUGGACCUGCCAACAAUCCUGGACUGAUCGCUGUAAAAUUCUAAGAAACAUCGUGAAGAAAUGGACUUCACCUUUUGUCGGUAGCAUCCCUUUGACUCCUGUCGUCUGUCCUUGCUGUCAUCGGUUUUUUUUGGUGGUCUGACUGGAGCUGCAGUGGGGUGGAGCUGGUCGGGUGUUCACAUGCUGCCGUCAACCAGUGAGGAUGAUGCGGCUCUUCCUGGCUUAUUUAAUUGUGCGCAAACAGUUAGCAGUGGGUUUGUUGGACUCCUCGCUGUAAUUAUGAAUAUCUAAAUUCCUCACUACUUGUAUGAGCGCCCCCCAAAUGAAACCAAAUCCACCAAAAUGGAUUCAAAACAAACAGAACACAACAUUAAGAAUGAACUAAAUGCAAACAUGAAUUAAAGCUGCUAGCAGUGUUGAUCGGGCCCGCAGAUGUCCCCACAUGUCCACCAGGUGGCGCUAUGACUGUGAAUGGUCAUCAGGGCCAGACUCUGAUCGAACAUGUAAAGUCUGAGGCACAUUGGAGCAUGUUCAGGCUAGUUAGGCAGCACUUCCUGUUCCAUGGCGACACAUCUAAAUUCUGGGGGCCACCAUGGCCACGCCUACAGCCACGCCCCUUUUACUUAUGAGGAAGAUUUUUGUAACAUUUAAGCACUACAGGCCAAAUUUGAGGUGUGCUGGACGUAGCCCCGAGGAGGAGGUCACUCUUAAAAAUGUCUGAAAUUGACCAAAAUCGCCAAGAAUGUUAAUUCAAAAUGGCCGACUUCCUGUUGGGUUUCUUUGUGCACCCUGACGUGCUACAUAUUACUACCAAAUUUGAUAGGUCUAGGUGAAAUGUGCCCUAUUUCUUUAUUCCAUCAUUUCUGUCAUAUUUUAUGGUCUAGAUUUCGUGUAAAAAUGGUCUAACCCACAACUUAAACAUAGCGUUACAGUGGUGUUUCAGAUGUUCUUGAAAACACAAAGCUUUGAACCCAUUUAUCUCCAAAGCUACAUAAAGUGUGUUCAACCGCUCUGCUUCCAGACCCUUCAUAUUUAUCUCAUCAUUGGUAAUUCAGUUAUCGUCAGACUUUUCAGUGUUUACAGAUCCAUACUAAACUAGGCUGGUAGUUACUUGAGCAGCUCUACGUUUGCUAUAAAUUCAUUUAUUAACUUUGUUUAUUAGCGGGUUAGCAUGCAUUAUUCAUCGCCUGCUGCGCCGUCCAAUCUCGCCUGAAUGACAAAUGCUGCGUGGCUCUCCCUGUCGCUGUGGUGGAUCCGUCUGAAUAAUAUAUCAUUUAAUGUGACCUAGGUCUGCGUGACAGAAUGCUGUCACUUCACAGAUUGAUUUAGCAGCGAUGUUACACAUUCCAUGUAGGAAAAGGAUUGUUCCAGAACUGGAGGACAUUUGGGCUUCAGAAGUUUUGAAAAAUAUACCUUCUCUUUACAAUUUUCUGCUCCAUAUUCAUCAGUAAUAGGUAAUAAACUAUUAAAGGCUUGAUCGGUUCAUCUUCCA